AUAUUCUUAUGCUUGUGACUGACAAAUUAAUUUCAUGGUAGCACUUGCUCAGCUGCCUGCUGAUAACCGAAAGACCGAGUAUAAGGAGGAUGGAGUUCCUGCUGAUCUUAAAAUACCUGUUAAGCAUGUCUUAUCCUGUGAGCUUCAGCUUUAUUAUGACAGGAUUACAGAGCUUACAGUGCACAAAUCUAACUCCCCUCUCUUUAAAGAAGCUCUAGAAAGCUUUGCAACAGAUCCUGGGCUUCAUCCUAUAGGUCCUUAUUUCACAGAUUUUGUUGCUGAUGAGUUGCAUCAAUCAAUGCCAUCUGUAAUGACAUGCCUUGUUGCGAGAAGGUUGGGAAAUAAAAUCUCUGACCACCUUUAGGAACUGAGGGACUUCACAGGAAAGUUGGUUAGUUUAAUAUGCAGGCGGUAGGGAUCUCCUUAUUCAGUCAUUCUAUUGGUUUUGUUUCAUUGAAGGCUAUGAAAGCACGUAUCUCCUCUGCUGCCUACUACUUUUAUUGGGUCCCUUGGGAAGGGGGUGGUUAUAUAUCUGUAUAAUUGUUGAUACAUGUAAAGCAUUUCUUAAUCUGAUUGAAUGGCAGUGUUUGGCAAUUGUUGACUUUCACUUCCAUGAUAUCAAUUGAGUGUCCAUAAUCAAUUGGGACUGUGUCAUUCACAA